AGGAGGGCAGAGGCGGAGGGGAGGGCCGAGGGUUGGUGGAAGAGGAGGAAGCUCCCGACGACGACUAGGAGGAGGAGGCGGGCGGCUCGGGCCCCAGGCCCCUCCCAGGCUCUGAGUCUCCCCGGCUGCAGGCGGAUGGAUGGGGCUUCUUCUGGCGGUGGCGGUAGCAGUGAGGGUAGCGGCGGCAGCGGCGGCAGCAGCUAUGGUGUGGUGGCUCGAUUCUCCCAGUGCCUGGCUGAGUUUCGGACGUGGUUAAGAACCAACUGGUUGAGAUUCAAUGCAGACAAGACGGAUGUGAUGCUGAAAAUGUGCAUCAGAUGUUUAUGUUUAAUUGGUUUACAGACUGUCUGUGGACUCUUUUCCUGUCAAAUUACCAGCCAUCUGUUGAGUCUUCAAGUCCAGGAGGUUCAGCAACAUCCGAUGACCAUGAAUUUGAUCCAUCAGCUGACAUGCUGGUUCAUGAUUUUGAUGAUGAACGAACAUUAGAAGAGGAAGAAAUGAUGGAAGGAGAAACAAACUUCAGUUCUGAAAUAGAGGAUCUUGCAAGGGAAGGCGACAUGCCAAUUCAUGAACUUCUCAGCCUUUAUGGUUAUGAUAGUGCUGUUCCACUCCCUGAAGAAGAUGAGGAGGAAGAGGAAGAAGAGGAAGAAGUUGAAGAUGAUGAAGAUGCCGAUAAUGAUGACAACAGUGGCUGUAGUGGGGAAAAUAAAGAAGAAAAUAUAAAGGAUUCAUCGGGUCAAGAGGAUGAAACUCAGUCUUCCAAUGAUGAUCCAUCACAAUCUGUUGCUUCUCAAGAUGCCCAGGAAAUAAUACGCCCACGUCGAUGUAAAUAUUUUGAUACAAAUAGUGAAAUAGAAGAAGAAUCUGAAGAAGAUGAAGAUUAUAUACCAUCAGAAGACUGGAAAAAGGAGAUUAUGGUGGGCUCCAUGUUUCAAGCAGAGAUUCCAGUUGGCAUUUGUAGAUACAAAGAAAAUGAAAAAGUAUAUGAAAAUGAUGAUCAGCUCCUGUGGGAUCCCAAGUAUUUACCAGAAGAUAAAGUGAUUGCAUUUCUUAAGGAUGCAUCUAGAAGAACAGGUGAUGAGAAAGGGGUAGAAGCAAUUCCUGAAGGAUCUCAUAUAAAAGACAAUGAGCAGGCUUUAUAUGAAUUGGUUAAGUGCAAUUUUGAUACAGAAGAAGCAUUGAGAAGAUUAAGAUUUAAUGUAAAAGCAGCUAGAGAGGAAUUAUCUGUUUGGACAGAAGAAGAAUGUAGAAAUUUUGAACAAGGUUUGAAGGCUUAUGGAAAGGAUUUUCAUUUGAUUCAGGCUAAUAAAGUCCGAACAAGGUCAGUUGGUGAAUGUGUAGCAUUUUAUUACAUGUGGAAAAAAUCUGAACGUUACGAUUUCUUUGCUCAGCAAACCCGAUUUGGAAAAAAGAAAUACAAUCUCCAUCCUGGUGUAACGGAUUACAUGGAUCGUCUUUUAGAUGAAAGUGAAAGUGCUGCUUCUAGUCGAGCACCAUCCCCUCCUCCAACUGCCUCAAACAGUAGUAACAGCCAGUCUGAGAAAGAAGAUGGCACUAUAAGCAGUAGUAACCAAAAUGGGGUAUCAUCUAAUGGACCAAGUGAAAUAUUAAACAAAGAAGACACGAAAGUUGAAGGAUUGCACAUUAAUGGACCAAUCAGUGGAAAUAAGAAACCACUUCAUGCAGAGAUGGAUACGAAUGGCUAUGAAACAGAUAACCUUACCACUGACCCAAAACUUGCCCAUCUCACUGCAAGAAAUGAAAAUGAUCUUGAGGAGAAAAGCGAGAGACCUGCUAAAAGGCGAAGGGUAAACAGCAAUGGAAAAGAAAGCCCAGGUUCUUCUGAGUUUUUCCAAGAACCAAUAUCACAUGGAAAAUUUGAGGAACUUGAAAACUUAGAUGACUAA